ACCUGGAAAUUCCCCCAGCUCGCUCCCUCUUUCCCUCCCAAAGACCCCCGCCCUCCGCCUAUUACUAUGUCCGCUGACGACGUUGUUUAUGACCUUGUCGGUUUGGGCUUCGGUCCCGCCAACAUCGCCAUUGGAGCAGCGUUGACCGAGAAAUGGCAACAGGACCCUACCUUCUCUAUUAAAAAUACUCUCUUCAUUGAGAAGCAUGAAGUUUUCCGAUGGCACCCUGGGAUGCUGCUUCCUGAUGCCAAAAUGCAGAUUAGCUUCCUGAAGGACCUCGCUACGUUGCGAACCCCCAAUUCCCCAUACACCUUCCUUUCUUACCUCCACAGCGAGGAUCGUCUUCUAUCGUUCAUCAACCGCGGGUCUACAGUCCCUUCCCGCAAAGAGUACUCCGAUUACUUGGCCUGGGCUGCACAGAAGGUACAGGACAACGGAGUCAAGGUCAAAUUCGGCCAUGAAAUCAUUGCAUUGGAUGAUGGCCCGGAUGGCACCAUCGAGGUUCGUUAUCGCAACGUCCGAACACAAGAGGAGACUCUUAUCCGUGCCCGGGACCUGAUAAUCGCACCUGGAGGAACCCCUUGCAUCCCCGACUUCCUUCAACCAUUCGUCAACCAUCCCCGGGUGUCGCAUAGCUCUUCAUACGCCCUCAAGAUUGGCGAUAUGUUUGAUUCCUUGAAUCACCUUUCCCGGCCUCUGAGGGUGGCAAUCAUUGGCUCAGGUCAAUCUGCAGCCGAAGUGACAAUCGACGUUCGCAAUCGUCUCGCAUCUAUCCCAUCCACCGGCCGACAUGAAGUCGACAUGCUCAUCCGCAAAGGCUCACUCAAGCCUAGCGAUGACUCGCCGUUUGCCAACGAAAUUUUCGACCCUGCAUCGACCGAUGCCUGGUUCUCGACUGGUUCAAAGCACCUUCGGGAUGCCAUUCUUGCUGAGUACAAGCAAACCAACUAUAGUGUCGUCAACCCCCGAACACUUGAGGCAUUGUAUGAAAUCAUCUAUGGCCAACGUUUGAACGCGGCCGUCUCGCGUCGCACAAACGUAGAAGAGCCCUCCGAUCCUGUCAUCAACAUCAAGCCAUAUACAUCGGUGUUGUCCAUCCAGACAGUCGGCAGCCAAGGCGAGCGAGUGCGGGGCGAGCUCCUCCUUUCACCAGAAGGCGCUUCGGCGUCGAAGGAUGAAGGGUUCGUCAUGGUCACUAAGCACAUGAUGACUGGUGCGGAGAGCCAGACCAAUUACGACGUUAUUCUUUACGCCACGGGUUACCAGCGUACUGCCUGGGUCGAACUCUUCAAGAACACCGGAAUCGCCAAGCACUUUGGAAUCACACCUUCGACUUCCAAAGUUGUUUUGCGCCCGUCCGCCGACCUGGUUGGAGGACGACAGCAUCAGGAAUUCUUCCAUGACUCCUCCCCAUCCACCGCAAGCAGCAGCACCGUCAGCACUCCUCCUACGUCGCCAGAGACCUCGAGGUUCUCGUCGCCGAUUUCAUCGCGCAUCGUCUCCCAAGACUUGUACCUUUCGCGCAGUUACCAGUUGCUCCCGAAGGACGGCGAGAACACACUGCGUCCUCGUGUUUACCUUCAGGGUGUAGAGGAGGCUACCCAUGGAUUGAGUGACACUCUAUUAAGUGUCCUCGGUGUUCGCGCGGGAGAGGUUGUCGCCGAUCUUGCCAGUCGGUAUCACAGUAGCGCCUAG